AUGCCGAACGCGGCCCACUUCACCGCCUGGUCCAGGUCGGCGUCGUCGUACACGAUCAGCGGCGACUUUCCACCGCACUCGAGAGUGCACACCUUCAGGUUCUCAGCGGCCAGUUUCUGGAUGAUUUUGCCCACGCCCGUGCUGCCCGUGAAGGUGAUCUUGUCGAUACCCUUGUGUGCGGCGAUGUGCGAGCCCACCUUGGCCCCGAGUCCGCAAACAACGUUCACCAGUCCUGGCGGAGCACCCGCCUUUACAAACAGCUCGCACAUGAACAGCGCAGACAACGGCGUAUUUUCCGACGUCUUCACCACAAUCGCGUUGCCCGCAGCCAGACACGGAGCCACUUUCCACGCAAACGUGGACAUCGGGAAGUUCCACGCCAUGAUGGCAGCACACACCCCGUAUGGCUCCGUGAUGGUGUAUGUGAACUUGGACCGGUCCGUCUCGAUGGUCUUGCCGUCCUCGGCACUUAUGGCCAACGAGCUAUAA